AUUAUCUAAAUUGGUACAAAUUCUGGAAUGUUUACAUUUUUUUCAAGAUAACACAAAGUUUUUCAAAAAUCAAAUGAUUACAAAUAAUUCCAACAGUUUUUAGGCAACAUAGAAAGCGGUAUUAAUAUUAGUCUUGAGAUUCCGCAUAUUUGUCGAUAUAAUUUGCAACACAAGGUCAUCACGAUCUUCAAUCCACAUCCAGGCUGUCAGUCGAAAAUAGAAGCAAAACAAACAUCUCCAAUCGCCGUAAAAUUGCUGACCCGACGAAAUUCCAACCUGCUGCUACCAGCACAAAUUGUUAUAAGUUUACAUUUCACGCAGCUGUUAUAAAAUUAAACAAAGAUGCCGGUGCCUCCAAUCCCUGUGAUUGUCGAGACUGAGACAGAAAACCGUAGUCUCACUGACAGUGUAGGCUCACAUUCAGACGUAUCAGGAGUCACUGUGCACAAUUCUUCCAGUAAUAUGGUCAAACCGCACAUGGAUGUGGUGUGUGUUAUAGAUAUAUGUCAAACUGACAACUUGAUGCAAAGAAAAAAGGCUUUGGAAGAAGUCCGACUGGCAUGUCUACAAAUUGGAGCUAAUGUCAGCCACAUUCAGGAUGAAUAAGAAAAAGUGGAUGCGCAACUAAUUUCUAGCUUUGCCAACAUCUCAAGUACAUGUAUUUGAGACAAGAAACCAAUGGAAUUAUCAUCAACAUAGUUGACAUCUUGUAGAAAAACCUUCAUAAUCUCACAAAAAGAACCUAUAUAAUGUUAAAAAAAACGGACAUAAUGUCACUUUUCAAGAUACGUAAUAACCUAACCACACAGAAAUAAUCAAAAAUGGUUCCGAUGCGGUCUAGGUAUGCAUAAUAUUUAAGGAUAAUGCACCUACAGAAUCAGUGGAGAUUGAUUUUGGCUCAUAUGAAGUACAAAAACAGUAGAUUGGAUGCUCAAAAACAUCGACAACAUCUCUGUGAGUUUGAAAAAUUGGACUUUGGUGAAGCUAAUGUAGUAAGCAGCUUCUACAAUGCGGAUGUAGUGAUUAUAGAUUUGUCUUUCCCCACACAACAAAGUACUUUAUUUUACCAUUUGGGUGUAAGAGAAAGUUUCAACAUGAAGCAAAACAUUCUCAUUUACAAUGACAUUGAUUCUGAAGUGACGUUGAAAAAGAGGCUGUCGUGUGCAAAUUAUUCUUUUGUUUCAUAUAAUUUGAGUGAUAAUGUGUGCCUUACCACCUGCUCUAGUGGCAGAACAGAUGAGCCAACAGAACUGCUUCAUAUUAGGUUGAAAAAAUUGCUGCAGGAUGUAGAGAUACAAACCAAAGCUCACAUGAAGGAAAAAUUUCUUGGUGACUUAAAAAAACUUAAAGAACAAAAAAGUGGUGAAGAGCUGAGAGAAGCCUUAUAUCUUAUGAGAAAACGUCUUGACGAUCCAAACGUACUAUCGGGAGAAGUCAUUGUAAAUACACUGUUAUGUUUCCGAGAUAUUCAAGAAUAUGACGCGAUGAUACAUUUAGUUGAUGAUCUGAGAAAUGUGCCAAUAGCAAAAAAGUUUUUGAACUCGUACAUUAUGUUCCUCUAUGCAUUUGCUCUUAAUCGAAGGAAGAGGGAAGGUGAUAGAGAGAAGGCUCUAAAUGUUUGUAUAGAGGCAUUAAGAAGUAAAGAAAAUCAUUUUCCCGACAUGCUGUGCCUAUGUGGACGUAUCUACAAAGACAUCUUUACUGAAUCUGACUAUCAGGACAAGGACAGCUUAGACCAAGCUAUCCAUUGGUACCGUAAAGGUUUUGAAAUUAAACCAAAUGAAUAUGCAGGCAUCAACCUAGCCACUUUGUUGGUAAUCAAGGGCGCAGAAAUUGGCAAGUCUGACGAAUUGCAGCAUAUUGGCAUGGUGUUGAAUAAUCUUAUUGGAAAGAAAGGAAGCUUGUUUUCAUUGCAGGAUUAUUGGGAUGUGGCGACGUUUUUUGAGAUAUCAGUAUUAUUUCAACAUUACAGUAAUGCUACUCAAGCUGCAGCUUGUAUGUUCAAGCUUAAACCGCCAAAUUGGUAUCUUAAAUCGACAGUUGGAAACAUACAGCUAAUAGAUAGGUUUCGCAAAAAGACGGACGACGUUGGUACACCAGAAGAACAGAUAUUCCACUUUUGGAUGGAGUUUUUCAUAGAGGCAACAAAAACAGAACACGAACAAAUAUUUAGAUUCCCUGUUUUGAUCUUGGAGUCCACCAAAGAGCUCAUGCCAAGUUAUAUUUGCAUUAAUUUGGAUGCAGAUCCUCAAACACUCCAAGUAACAAAUCUUUGUGAAAACUGCUUGAGAGCAGAAUGUACUAAAAUUCACAACUGGGAAUUUACUGCGAACCAAAUCAGAAGUAUAAGUUUUUACAAAAAAGAUGCACGCUGUCUUUUUCUAUAUGUUCAUUACAAUUCUGAUGAUUUCCAAAUCUAUUUUCCAUCAGAAAAAUGCAAGGAAUAUUUCUACAAAUUGAUUCUCGAACUAACAAAUCACUCUGAAGGAUUAAUAGAGCAGGAACCUCCGAGAGAUAUCAAAUACGAAUAUGAGCGUGAUGAUUCUGGUAAAAAAAUUGUUCUCGGUAAAGGCACAUACGGUGUUGUCUAUGCGGCCAGAGAUUUAAAUACUCAAGUCAGAAUCGCUGUCAAAGAGGUACCAGAAAAGAAUUUGGGAGCAGUGCAACCAUUACAUGAAGAAAUAUGGCUGCAUUCGCAACUACGGCACAGAAACAUUGUCCAAUACUUGGGCUCAUUAUCAGAAGAUAAUUAUUUUAAGAUUUUUAUGGAACAAGUACCCGGAGGUUCCCUCAGUGCUCUUUUGCGAUCGAAGUGGGGACCAUUAAAGUCUAAUGAGCACACAAUGGCUUAUUACACAAAGCAAAUUUUGGAGGGAUUGAAAUAUUUGCAUGACCAGAAUAUUGUACACCGCGAUAUCAAGGGUGACAAUGUCCUGGUAAAUACCUAUAGUGGUGUGGUGAAGAUAUCCGAUUUUGGUACUUCAAAAAGAUUAGCUGGUCUAUGUCCUAGCACAGUUACAUUCACUGGUACAUUACAAUACAUGGCGCCAGAGGUCAUAGACAAGGGACAAAGAGGAUAUGGAGCUCCUGCCGAUAUAUGGUCUCUAGGUUGCACAGUAGUAGAAAUGGCAACUGGUAAACCGCCUUUCACAGAAUUGGGUUCUCCUCAGGCAGCAGUUUUUAAAGUAGGUUAUUACAAAGCACACCCAGAGAUUCCCGAUGAAUUGUCUGACAGAGCAAAGAACUUCAUCAGAAGAUGCUUUGAACCUGAUCCUGAUAAAAGAGCUACCGCAGCUCAAUUGUUGGAAGAUCCAUUUUUAGGAUCUGAAAGACGGCAGAAAAAUGUUCGUCUAAACACGGAAUUUAGUAGAAGUGUUUCGGUGCCCGUGGAGAAAUUAGUAACCAGAACCCAUGGCCCCUCUAGUGCUCCUAAUAAUACACCUACUUCACCUGAAGCAGACUCGUCCCAGAACCGGGGCUCGUUGUUGCCGCCCAUACAAAUGCCUACAGCCCUCACGUUUAACAGCUUAGCCUCAACGCCCUCUUUGGAAUGCGAAUCAGAACAGACACACAACACGGAACGAAGGAAUUCAUCAGGGACUCUUCUAUCACCAGAAGUUGAAGCAGGAGGUGGUGAAACCGAUGGAUUUUAUUUGCUCAAGAAGGAUUCACAGAGGCGGACAACUCUGUCCAAAGUAUUGGCCAACGAUGGGGCCAAGAUCUGCGACGUUUGGAUGCAGAAGCUGAGGGAUAAGUACCAUGGUGAAACAGUAUUGACAGAAAAACACCUGAAGAGGUUGAUGGACUGUUUGAAAUCAUACCUGAUUGAACAAUCUAUGGGAGUAGUCGAAAGUACAAUAACACAACUAAGGUUGGAGCUGGACUUUGAUGCUCAAGCGAUCAACCAAUUGCAGUUUGCUAUAUACCUUUUCCAAGAAUCCGUGAUUGAGGUCCUCCGAUUGCACCCUAUCAAACCUCAUUGGAUGUUCGCGUUGGACAACUUGGUGCGUCAGUGUGUCCAAGCGGCAGUUACAGUACUUACGCCCGAGUUAGUCGAGCAUAUAGCCAACCACAGCUCUCCCAGCACGGUCAAUUCCACGAAAUCGUCUUCCGGCAAAAUGAGUGAAACGUAUGACGUCCAAGUUUUGCAUCUCAAGAGUGAAACUGGUAGGGUGAAGCAGGAAUUCAUUGAUAGUCUGAGGGAAUACCAGCUUAUGGUAAGGCAACUGGCUGAAGAAUUUCGGCAGCAAACUGAAGCGUUAAAGCAGAUCUGUAGCAGUAAUAGACAAAGGGAAGUUGUGGAGGAAGAUACUCUUCUGAAUAAUUGGUUGGAAGGAUUAGGAAUUCAUCCGUCAGCCAGAAAAAUCCUUGUUGGAGAGGGAUAUACCCUUGAUGAGGUGCUAUACCAGAUAGACAAGGAAGAACUCCGACAAGCAGGUCUUCGAGGUGCCACCGUCUUCCGCAUAUGGCGAGCAAUAGAAAACUACAGAAAGGGAGUCGUAGUAUUGUGUAACGGGGUAACGACAGGCGAAACUGGUACUGUCUAGGAUAAGCAAAAACGCCCAGACACAAUUUCCAAUUUUGGGACAAGUAACUUUUUUUUCUCGCACUGCUUACCGGUUGUCAUUACUAGACCAUUUGGCGGUAUUUGGUCUUUCCUGUCGCGGUUCUAUGUGCUUAAUUUUGGGGUAAAUAUGAUUGGGUGUAUUUGGCCUUUAGGCCAUAUUUGGAACUACAUCAGUCGUUUGUGGACAAGAAGUUAUGUAUGGCUACUAAAUCGUCUACGAUAAUACAUCUUGUCAGGACAAGUAAAUUUUCCCUCGAGCAUUAAUGAGAUUUAGUUCUGUUACUUGUCCAUAUUGGUGCUUAAAAUGUGCUGUGAUUUUUAUCUGUUGAUCUGGUGUCUGGACGUUUCGGAUUUUUUUUCUGUAUUUUCAAUACGGGCGACGUCAGCUUUAUUUUUCAGCGUAAUAAAAACUUCAAUAACCUUGACCAUAAUUUGGCUAUAGUUUCGAAUUUUGAUUACUUUUCAUGAGGAUUUUAUUUUUUUCGGUUAGCUUUUUGAAAAUUUCAUCAGUAUUCUAAUAUAAUAUUGGUCACAUUCUUUAAUCACCUAUGAGAUGGAACUACUAAGUAUACGUUGGUGCUUUGUAGCAAUUGCGAGGACGGGUUGAUUUAUUAACCUGUUCCUUUGUCAUAGUUGUUUAGAGAAUAUAAUGAUUUUUGUUUCCAAGAAUUUUUUUGUUUUGAAAAAUAAACCUGAACUGUCAUAUUUGACGGUAGCUAGAUUACCGUGGGUACAAGAAAUAGACUGUGUUAUCCUUAUUUUAUUUUUUCUGUUUUAUUGGAGAAUUUUAUUUCAAAUGCAGUGCAAUGGCUUUAUUUUUUCCUAAUUUGAAGUAUCAGAUUCGAUAUUUCAAUAGCUAAGUGGAAUCUAGAGAUUCUCUGAAUUAGACUUCAUUGUAAAGAUGUCUGAUUUUUGUUUUACUUGAUUUUUGUCUUUUUUAUGUUAAUUUUUGGUUUUAAACAAAUUGUUUUAAUGAUUUUUUGUGGAAUAAUAAUGAUUGAUAUUAACUCUAAAGCAAUAACUUUAUUAGUGCCUUACAGAAUACAUCACAAUAUUUAACUUACAAAUUGAAACUUUAUUUUUAAGUAUUGAUUUUUAAUUUUAUUUUGAGAAACUGUUUUAAAUAUAGCGCCAUGUUCGUGCGUUAUUGAGAAGAAAUAUUUUAUUUUAUUAUCUGGCUAUUAAGUUUUUUAACGUUAGAAUGUUUAAGUCGGCACUGUUAACAUUGAAUUGACGUGUAUUAAAUGUAUAUAUAUAUAUUUUCGCUAAUAAAUCUAUUUGACUAAU